AUGAAGUGGAGCGUGCGGGGAGCCUGCGCCGCGCUCUCCAGCUGCCUCCUGCUCGCCUGCGCCCUCAGCGCCGCCGCCGUGGGCCUCAAGUGCUUCUCGCUGGGCUCCGAGCUCAAGGGCGAGCCCUUCCGCCUGGGCACCGCCGCCGGCGCCUUCUACUCGGGGCUGCUGCUGGCCGCCGGCCUCUCGCUGCUCGCCGCUGCGCUGCUCUGCUGUCGCCCGCCCGACGAGGCGCCCGUGGCACCGGCUCCGGCACCGGCACCGGCCUCUGCUUUGGCCCCGGCCGGGGACCCGGACCCGGCGAGCGGCGGCCCCGGCGGGGCGGAGGCGGCGGCCGCUCCGUCGGGGCCGGUAGAGAAGGCGUCGCCCGGGGGGCGGCAGAACUUCCUGCUUCUGGGGGUGCUGGUGUUCAUGCUGGGCGUGCUGAGCGCCUUCGCCGGCGCCGUCAUCGACGGCGACACCGUGUCGCUGGUGGAGAGGAAGUACUCGCACUAUUGCCUGCUGCAGCCCGGCGGCGCGGCCCGCCCGCGGAGCGGACCCGCGGCCCCCGACGGCACCGCCGCGGCGCUCCGCUGCCAGAAGCUGCGGGACUACCAGCAAGGCUUGGUGCUCUCCACCGUUUUCAACGCGCUGGAGUGCCUCCUGGGCCUGCUCAACCUGCUUCUUGUCAAGAACUACAAGGCGGCGCAGCAGCGCGGACGGAGGCGGCGGCGGCGGCGAGCGGCCCCGGCGACGGCGGCGGCGGCGGGCGGGCGGCGGAGGCGGCGGAGGGGCGGCGGCGGCGGGCGGCGGGCGCCGCGCCACAGCCAGGGCUCCCUCUUCUCCGGCGGAGAGCCCGAGCUCAGCCCCGGGGAUUGCCCCUUCCAGGCCGUCUCCUACAUCAACGUGGGCGUCUUCCACGUCUUUGACGAGGCCGGCGUGGAGGUGCACUGCGGCGGACAUCCCUCCGUCGAGCUGCCCGGCUACUCGCCCAUGGACCCCGAGCUCAACGCCUCCUACCCCUACUGCUACCCUCUGCCCAGCGAGCAGCCCCCCGCCUACGAGGAGAUCUACCCCGGGGAGCCCUGCGCUCACGGCACUUAG